AUGUCUAUUCUUGGAAGGCGUGGAGCCAUUGAGCUUCGAGCUUUGGCUACCAGCCCAGUUCUAUCUGCAAGCAGCCUGCGGGCCUUUUCCGUUCUGAACCGUCCACCACCAAAUUACCCCGGCCAUGUCCCAUUGACUACCAUCGAACGCGGAGCUCUCGCCGUGGGUUCAGCAAUUGGAUCUCUUAUUAAUCCUCGAAGAGCGGAUCUUAUUGCGGCAUUGGGCGAAGCCACCGCAACACCAUUUUUCAUAUACCGACUACGCAAUGCCAUGCUCGCAGAUCCAACAGGGCGUCGCAUUCUCCGCGAUCGUCCCCGCAUCACCUCCGAAACCCUCAAAAUGACUUAUCUCCGCACGCUCCCCGAGAACUCUGUCGGCCGAACAUACGCCAAAUGGCUAGACCGCGAGGGCGUAUCCCCAGACACUAGAGACAAUGUCCAGUACAUUGACAAUGAAGAGUGCGCAUAUGUCAUGCAGCGAUACCGCGAGUGCCAUGACUUCUACCACGCCGUGACUGGCCUACCGAUCUUCGUGGAGGGCGAGUUGGCUCUCAAGGCGCUGGAAUUCCUGAACACACUUCUGCCCAUGACUGGGCUGAGUCUGUUCGCCUUUGUGCGAAUGAAGCCUGCUGAGAAAGAGCGCUUCCUCAAGUUACAUCUCCCGUGGGCUAUUCGCAGCGGGCUGAGGAGUAAGGAGCUUAUCAAUGUCUAUUGGGAGGAGGUGUUGGAGAAGGACGUGGAUGAGCUUAGAGCUGAGCUGCACAUCGAACGUCCCCCGGAUCUGAGAGAGAUUCGGAAGAUGAUUCGGCGACAACAGAAGGAGGAGAAAGAGCGACAGCAGCAGGCUUCGAGCUGA